UUUGCAUAUACCGGCAGCCAUAUUGAGUUUUGUAGUGCGUAGCCGGGCAGAUUUCAACCGAAACUUUUGAGAGAAGAGGACAUAAAAAGCUAUAAAAUGGCAGGACCACAACCAAGCCAAGAUGAGCUGUCGACAGCCAUCCUGAAACAGAAGUCUAAGCCCAACCGUCUGCUGGUGGAGGAGGCAGUGAAUGAAGACAACAGUGUCGUCUCUCUUUCACAGGCUAAGAUGGACGAGUUGCAGCUGUUCCGAGGAGACACGGUUCUGCUGAAGGGUAAGAAGCGUCGGGAGACGGUCUGCAUCGUGCUGUCCGACGACACCUGCCCCAAGGAGAAGAUCCGCAUCAAUCGCGUGGUGAGGAACAACCUGCGUGUGCGUCUGGGAGACGUGGUCAGCGUACAGGCCUGUCCUGAUGUCAAGUACGGAAAGAGGAUCCAUGUGCUGCCUAUUGAUGACUCUGUGGAGGGCAUCACUGGGAACCUGUUUGAAGUGUACCUGAAGCCCUACUUCCUAGAGGCUUACAGACCUGUGCACAAAGGUGAUACAUUCCUGGUCCGUGCGGCCAUGCGACCUGUGGACUUCAAGGUUGUGGAGACGGACCCGUCCCCGUACUGUAUCGUGGCUCCCGACACCGUCAUCCACUGUGAGGGAGAGCCCAUCAAGAGAGAGGAUGAGGAAGAGGCUCUGAAUGAGGUUGGUUAUGACGACAUUGGGGGAGUCCGUAAACAGCUGGCUCAGAUCAAGGAGAUGGUGGAGCUCCCCCUCAGACACCCUGCACUCUUCAAGGCUAUCGGAGUCAAGCCUCCCCGUGGAAUCCUCCUGUACGGCCCGCCCGGUGUGGGGAAGACUCUGAUUGCCCGAGCCGUGGCCAAUGAGACGGGAGCUUUCUUCUUCCUCAUCAACGGUCCAGAGAUCAUGAGCAAACUCGCUGGAGAGUCGGAGAGUAACCUGCGCAAGGCUUUCGAGGAGGCUGAGAAGAACGCUCCGGCGAUCAUCUUUAUUGAUGAGAUUGAUGCCAUCGCUCCUAAGAGAGAUAAGACCCACGGAGAGGUUGAGCGCCGAAUCGUGUCCCAGCUGCUGACCCUGAUGGACGGACUGAAGCAGCGCGCUCACGUGGUCGUCAUGGCAGCCACUAACAGACCCAACUCCAUCGACGCUGCACUCAGGCGCUUCGGGCGUUUUGACCGUGAGGUUGACAUCGGGAUCCCGGACGCCACCGGCCGACUGGAGAUUCUGCAGAUCCACACCAAGAACAUGAAGCUGGCCGAUGAUGUGGACCUCGAACAGGUUGCGUCUGAGACCCAUGGCCACGUAGGUUCUGACCUGGCUGCCCUGUGCUCUGAAGCCGCCCUGCAGCAGAUCAGAGAGAAGAUGGACCUGAUCGACCUGGAGGAUGAGAACAUCGACGCUGAGGUCCUGGACUCUCUGGCUGUUACCAUGGAGAACUUCAGGUAUGCCCUGGGCCAGAGCAACCCCAGCGCCCUGCGAGAGACGGUGGUGGAGGUUCCCAACACGACAUGGGAGGACGUCGGCGGGCUGGACAACGUCAAGAAGGAGCUGCAAGAACUCGUGCAGUACCCCGUGGAGCAUCCCGACAAGUUCCUGAAGUUUGGCAUGACUCCGUCGCGAGGCGUUCUGUUCUACGGACCUCCUGGCUGCGGUAAGACCCUGCUGGCCAAGGCCAUCGCCAACGAGUGCCAGGCCAACUUCAUCUCCAUCAAGGGGCCCGAGCUGCUCACCAUGUGGUUUGGAGAGUCGGAGGCCAACGUCAGGGAUGUGUUCGACAAGGCCAGACAGGCAGCUCCCUGUGUUCUAUUCUUUGAUGAGUUGGAUUCCAUCGCCAAGUCUCGAGGCGGCAAUGUGGGAGACGGAGGUGGCGCAGCAGACCGUGUGAUUAACCAGGUCCUGACUGAAAUGGACGGCAUGACGGACAAGAAGAACGUGUUUAUCAUCGGCGCGACGAACCGUCCGGACAUCAUCGACCCGGCCAUCCUGCGCCCGGGCCGUCUGGACCAGCUGAUCUACAUCCCUCUUCCCGACGAGCCCUCGCGCAUCUCUAUCCUCAAGGCCAACCUCCGCAAGUCACCCGUCGCUAAGGAUGUUGACCUGGGCUACCUGGCUAAGGUGACCCAUGGGUUCAGUGGUGCAGAUCUGACGGAGAUCUGUCAGCGCGCCUGCAAACUGGCGAUCCGGGAAGCCAUCGAAGAGGAGAUCAGGAACGAGAAGGCCAGGAAGGACAACCCAGAUCUCGACAUGGAGGACGAUUACGACCCCGUGCCGGAGAUCCGCAGGGACCACUUUGAGGAGUCGAUGAAGUUUGCGCGCAGAUCGGUGUCGGAUAACGACAUCCGGAAGUAUGAGAUGUUCGCACAGACGCUGCAGCAGAGCAGAGGCUUCGGCGGAAACUUCAGGUUCCCCGGCCAGGCUGGCCCCAGCGGCAGCCAGGGCAGCGGUGGCACCGGUGGAGACAACCUGUAUGAGGAGGGCGACGACGAUCUGUACAGUUAGACUCUUCCCACCAUCCUUCACUCCCCCACCCCCUACAGCAGCAGCCAGCUUACCGUAUCUGCUCAAAUAAACGCAGACUUACACUUACUGUAAAUUUGUGAAACGUUUGCGGCCUUUUUUCUCCAAUAAAUGCAGACCAACACUUGCUGUAAAUCGUGAAAUAUUCGCGGCAGUGUUAUUUUUGCAGCAACCCUUUUUGGCCAAAUCAUAACAAACACCGCAAACAUAUGUUUUGUAUUUGUACUGUACUAUUGAAUUGCACAGUACAAUAUGCAAACUUAAGAAACACCUUGAAAACCUCUUUUUUUUGCCUUAUACUGCAAAAUAAAACCUUUGCAAAAGUAAAUGUAUUUACAGAAAUACUGGGGGAAGAAUUUUCUCUUUCGCAGCAGUGCUAGUAUAACAGGCAUGGGUUGAAUCUAAACAAGGUUUUGAAAACCUCCUUGAUCUAAACCUGUGUAUAAACUCCCAUAUCCACUUCUUGACUGCAAAGACAAUAUUUUUGGGUGCGCUGUUAUUCGAGUGCAUACGGUAACCAUCCUCUACUUUCAACAAAGAACAAGAAGAGAGCUUCCUCCAUGAAAGAAACUGCUUUUUCCUGUCAGUUUCUUGCUAUCGAAACAUUCAUCUGGGUUGUUUUUGGGGUAGAGAAACCAAAUCUCUCUCUUAAAAACUUAAACUCAACCAGGACCCUCAUUUCCUCCUUUGAACAGUCACAUUUAACCAAAACCAAACAGAAUUAAGUUCAGAGGAUGUUGUAAGUACUAUAGUAGCUGCUGGCUUGCACUUCAUAACCUAUGGUGGGGAAAAACUUGGUUCUGAAAUAGACAACAUAAUGGGAAAAUGGUACCGGGGAAGUCAUUGGAUUGUAGCAAGUUUUGCACCAGACAUGUACUGAGUAUAUUGUUGAGGGGAAUUGUAUUUGUAGCAAGGAUUUAAGUAUUUAAAGAAUGAGUAUGUAGUUUACAAUUUAAUGGGUAAAGAUCUGUGAUUAGAAUUGUGAUGAAAUAAUAAUAAAACUGCUUCUUCAAGUUAUUAUUAUACAUUUGUUUCUGAGAGCAGAAUUAAACUUGGAAUAUGAAAAAUACAAUUCUAUGUGAUGUUAUUAGUGCACUAUGUACUUUCCGUUCGUCUUUUUCUUGUCAAACUAUUAGAAUAAGAAAAAUGAAGCAUAUCUCAUUUCAUAUGGAAUAGUAGGUAAUAUGUGAAUGAUUUGUGGAUUUCUACUGUUGGAUUCUUCUGUAUGUAGCGAAAUUUGGCUACAGUCACUGUCUCCAUUCUGUUGUUACAACCCUGUGAAGAGUUACUAUCGCCUUAUAUGUAUAAUACUAUGGACGUUCUUAUUAGAUGCUUGAAAUGUACCAAA